UGCUGCUCAGAGUUUGUACAUGUUGACAAAAUGGCAGCCUCCUGGUGUCACAUGCGAUUUUUCUAUCAAAGAUAUGGCCUAAAAAUAUACAAGGGACAUCGGAUUCAUGCAUCGAGUGCAUCGAAAAGCUAUACGGCCUAUUCAACGACUACUGGUAGCAGAAACCCAGAGCAUACAUCUUCCAGAGUGUCUUCUCACCCAGGAGAGAAGAAAGAUGUUUCUGGCCCCCUCCCUCCCACCUACACCCCGGAGUAUGUGGAGUCAGGGUGGUACGAGUGGUGGGUACAGCAAGAAUUCUUCACCCCACAGGCACAGGGACUGGUUGGAGGGAAGGAGCCCCCGUUCGUGAUGGUCCUCCCACCCCCCAAUGUGACUGGAACACUCCACCUGGGACACGCCCUCACUUGCUCUAUACAAGAUGCUAUCAUCAGAUGGAAUCGGAUGCAGGGGAGGGAGACGCUGUGGGUGCCGGGAUGCGACCAUGCUGGGAUUGCAACGCAGGUAGUUGUGGAGAGGAAGCUGCAACAGGAACGUCAGCAAUCUCGACAUGACCUUGGCCGCGACAGCUUUGUGGAGGAAGUGUGGAAAUGGAAGAAUGAAAAAGGGGAGAUAAUCUACGAGCAGAUGAAGAGACUUGGUUCCUCCCUGGAUUGGAGCAGAGCUUCUUUCACCAUGGACAAUAAAUUAUCUGAUGCUGUGGUUGAAGCUUUCGUUCGAUUGCACGAAGAGGGACUUAUAUACAGGAGAAACCGUCUGGUCAACUGGUCGUGUGCCUUACGCUCAGCCAUAUCAGAUAUAGAGGUGGACAGUGUUGCUGUUUCAGGAAGAACCCUGAUGACGGUGCCAGGAUAUGACCGCAAGAUUCCCUUCGGAGUUCUCACGUCAUUUGCUUACCCAGUCAGUGAGAAAGAUGGUGAGGUUGUUGUAUCGACAACACGCCUGGAGACCAUGCUAGGAGAUGUUGCUGUGGCCGUCCACCCCAAUGACAGCCGGUACCGUCACCUACAUGGCUGUCAUGUGAGACACCCCGUCACAAAUCAACUCCUGCCCAUCCUGCUGGAUGACUUUGUAGAUAUGGAGUUUGGAACGGGUGCAGUGAAGAUAACUCCAGGGCAUGACCACACAGACUUCCAGGUCGGCGAGAGGCAUGACCUGGACAAACCGACUAUCUUCACUGAUGACGGUCACAUGGUGAAUGUCACAGAGCCAUUCAAUGGCAUGAGGAGAUUUGUUGCUCGACAUUAUCUCGCCAAGUUCCUCAAGGAGAAGAAUCUGUUCCGUGGGGAGGAAGAACACAACAUGACUGUGCCCGUGUGUAGUCGGUCCAAAGACAUCGUUGAGCCGAGGCUGAAAGAGCAGUGGUACGUUGACUGUCACCAGAUGGCCAAGAUGGCUGCUGAGGUUGUACAGAGCGGUCAGCUGAAGCUGAUCCCACGGAGCCAUGAGAAGGUCUGGCUGGACUGGCUGCGCGGCAUCAGGGACUGGUGUGUAUCGAGGCAGCUGUGGUGGGGGCACCGGAUUCCCGCCUACCAAGUGACACACCAGGGGGAGACUUUGUGGGUGAGCGGACGAACGGAGGAUGAGGCGAGAAGGAAAGCAGCCAAGAAGCUGGCGGUGACAGAAGGGGAGAUAACUCUGCAACAAGAUGAGGAUGUCCUAGACACCUGGUUCUCCUCCGCAAUCUUCCCCUUCUCCGUACACGGCUGGCCUCGGCAGAAUCCUGACCUAUCUCAUUUCUAUCCCACAAGUCUGAUGGAAACAGGAAGUGACAUCAUAUUUUUCUGGGUGGCACGGAUGGUCAUGAUGGGACUCAAACUGACGAAUCAGCUUCCUUUCCAAGAGGUUCUUCUCCAUGGUAUCCUGCGAGACUCCCAUGGUCGAAAGAUGAGCAAGUCUCUGGGCAAUGUGAUAGACCCUAUGGAUGUUAUACACGGAACCACAUUACAGGGUCUCCAUGACCAGUUGAAGAAAAGUAACCUUGACCCCUCAGAGGUCAAGAAGGCUUAUGAAGGUCAACAGAAGGACUUUCCCCAGGGUAUCCCCGAGUGUGGAGCUGAUGCCCUCAGGUUCACGCUGUGCUCGUACUACUUCAAAUCUGGUGAAAUCAACAUGGACAUCACACAUGCCCGGAACUAUCGACACUUCUGCAACAAAGUGUGGCAGGCAUUCCGUUUUGUGCAGACCAACUUGGGUGCCGACUUUCGUCCAGGGGCUCGCUUUGGGUUCAACGAAACCUUUUCUGCUGUUGACCAGUGGAUUCUCAGUCGACUAAGUCACAUGAUCAAGUCAUGUGAUCUACACUUUGGCACUUAUGAUCUGCAUCAUGUGACAAGGGCACUUCACCAGUUCUGGCUGACGGAAUUUAGCGAUGUAUAUUUAGAGUGUGUGAAGCCAGUGUUCCAGUCCAGGGCCCAUUCUGAGCAGGACAAUGUGCGACACGUGCUGUACCACUGCGUAGACACAUAUUUACGUGCAAUCAGCCCUUUCAUGCCAUUCCUGUCUGAAGAGUUGUUCCAGCGCUUACCAGCAAGGGGAGACAACUGGCCUGUCAGCGUGUGUGUGGCUCAGUAUCCCCAGCCUGAAGAUUACAAGUGGACCAACGCCAGUCUGGACAACACCAUGGCCACAGUGAGGAACAUCGCCUACCACUCUCUGUCUGUCAGGAAGGAGUUGAAUCUGACCAAGACAAGAGCUGCCAAUUUCCUGACGUGUACAGACUCAAGCCAGAGAGGUCAGUUGUCAGACUUCAGACUCAGCCUCCAGACACUGUCCAGGGCUAGUGACUUCAGUGUGAUGUCUGACGGACAGGGAGUGCCAGACGGAUGUCUGCAGAUACAGGUGUCAGACACAUGCAGUCUGGCUGUAGUGCUGAAGGAUGUCAUCAAUCCACAUGAGCAGCUGCCCAAGCUGAGAAACAGAAAGAGCAAAUUUGAGAGCGAUUUGGAGCGUGUGAACAUCGGGAUGAGUCGGACGGAAAACAAACUCGUGACUCAUAAGAUGUUAGAAAAGAGUGGAAAGUUGAAAGCUGAGAUUGAAAAGAUCAAGAUCUAUAUUUCUGCUGUAGAGAAACUACGAUGACAAAACAUGACAAGACCUUGAACAUUCUUACAUCACAUCCUGAAAAAUUAUUUGUGGCAAAACCAGAUUCUCAUGAGUGUCACAGGCUCCAUCUUGAUUAUCAUCCUCAGUUAUCCAGGGUAUUUUAUCCCUACUCAGUCAUGAUAUAAACCCUGGAUGCGUUUGACCCCAGAGCCUUUUAUGGAGUCUGGUUAAAAUGACAUUGGUGGAGAUUACGUGCUCCACUGACCGUCUUGUGCUGUCUCAGAGCUACAGUUAUAUUUACUCAAUAACCAUCAGUGAAAAGCAGUUUUCUUGAUGAUGAAGUUGAUAUCUAUAGAAUUAUAAAGGAUCCAUCAGUUGUUAUUGAUAUAUAGAAGGCCUGUUUAAUAAAUUCUCUAAAUAUUGUAAAUUGAAUGGCCUAAGAACAAAGGACACCAAUUUGUCUGCCAUGUAGUGUCAUGGAAAGAUAUGUAAAUAAAUUGCAAGUGAUUCCAUGUUAUUGAUUUGCUAACAAAGCAAUUAUCAACAAACUGAAAAACUAUAGACCACGCCCUGAGUGGACUGCUGUUUCCUUUAUGCUGAUAAUAGAGUGGGAAUUGCUUUAUUGCACUAUAUGAUGUUGUUGUGUACAUGUUUUGUGUGUUACUGAUUAAAUAAUGAAAUCUA